AUGUCUUCUGAUAAGCAACAAGAAAAACUUGAGCUCAAUCACUCUGACAAAGAGGAUUCGGAUUCUGAAACCAUUGGAUAUCCAAAUGACAUUGAACAAUCCAGUCCUCCUGUAUUUAAUGAAAGUUUUCCGAAGAACUUGGUCUACACUUUUGAUUGUUUUACAUACUCGUAUCACAUAACAGAAACAUUAUUUAAAUUAAAGGGUGAUUUUGAUACUUGGAAAUGGUUCAAUAUUGAUGAUUAUUCAGGACCUGAAGAGGUUACAGUUCCGGUGAUUCAUCAACGUCAGACAUUACUUUGUGGAGGGCCAAAACACACAAAUGAUAUUUAUACCAAAUUGAUUGAAAAAGUACCAUCUAUUAAAGAUCUUUUGAUUCACAUAGCAGUGGCUAAAUACAAGACAUUUCAAUAUUAUGUGAUUUGCAUGAAGAAAACAUCAAAAUGUUGUGUUGGUAUUUAUUUUUUUCCAAAACCAGAUUUUGAUUCAUUUCUUAAACAUGCUCUGGAGAAUUUUUCAGUGAAAACAAGUAUCUCAUCCGGUGUUUACAUAGAAUGCAUUUAUUAUGAGUUGUGGUCAAAUAUCUCCAAAAUAUCUGCAUUCAAAUGGUUUAAUAUUGCUUUUGUUAUACUUGAAAAUAAAACCAAGGUCUCUCGUCCAAAGAAGAAGUUCAAUUUUGGAAAAUCUAUGGUGGGACGUGAACAGUGGAUAGUGUAUAAAGGACUGAAUUUUUAA